UCUGUUCUUUUUUUCUCUUCCCAUAACCUUGCUUUAAAUCCUUGUCCUUUUAGACUGCGACCAUUAUCGCUAGCAUUCUCUUGUUACAAGACCACAUCUGGUCCAUUCUGUCCUUUCUUUCAUUGCACCUUUAGUUUAUCUCUUGCACAUACUUGGUCGGUGUACCCAAGCACCACAAUCUUUGUAUAUACUUACUACUCCGUACUGUCGUUCUCUUCGGUUUAUCAAUUCCCCACUCUCAUUAUCGGAAUCCCUCCCCCUUUCUCUCGGUGUCUUCAACGGUCCUUGCGCACGCACCCGCGCGCUCUUCAUUCUUUUCCAAAACCCGAGAAUCGUGCACUGUUCUACGACCGGGUGUCUCAUGCAACACUGAUCUUCAAAAUGAGCGUUGUCGCCAGUAGACCUACGAGCACGCCUGUCUCUUACAGCGCUAUUCCUCACCAAAGCCAGGUCAUCUCAGAUUACAAGGAUUCGAUGUAUGCCGUGACGGUGCAGCCGGUCUCAUCUCGCACAUCAUCAGUCUCUUCAUUCAAAAGCAACUACAGCGUUUCAACUGCCCCCACAGAAUACUCUACGUCCCCCGUCUUCUCAGCAUCACUUCCUCGCUUCUGCGACUCGGCCGCGUCUCUGGAUAAGAUCUUGGAGUCGGUCUUCAAGCGUUUGCCCCAGGAGGUGUACGAUGCGAUUUUGGAUCAAUUAUACUACUUACACACUGGCCCCAACCAAAAUGGAUGCUUAACAUGCUUUCAACGCGACCUUCAUGCGCUUUCUCUAACCUGUCGCCCAUGGGAGAAGGCAGUUAGAGCAAGACUGUACAACCGUAUACACAUUAUUGGGAAUGAUUCACCGAACCAAUUGAAAAAAUAUCGAUUGAAGCGCGGAAGUCGCCUCAAGUUAUUACGUCGAACCCUCCGGGAGAGGAAAUUGCUGGCCAAUCUUGUUCAAGAGCUUCGAGUACCCCAAUUAGACCUGCUAUUCACAACAAUCAGACACAGCACCCAAUGGCAGGAAUAUCGGGAUUUGGUUGCAUCUGUGGUCAUGGUGUGCCCGAACCUGGAACGGCUGCUGGGUUUGACCAUUCCUUACCAUCACGAAUUUGACCGUCUAACACAUGCGUUAUCGACUCGGCGGAAGCUGAAGGAGCACACCUGGAUCUUGGGAGAGGCUGCGGCGAUAACUGAGAGGUCGCCCCGAAGUACAUACUGCCCGUGGAGCUUGGGACCAUCACAAAUGUUUGAGUUUCUGGACUAUCAUGCCCAGUGGACAUCCUUGGAAACUCUGAUGCUGUACGGGCUUGAUGAGAAAAACUCCCUCGAGCCAAGCAUCUUCCUUCGCAUGUGCAGUGAGCUCCCUUCGUUGCGAAACCUCUGUAUCUCCAAUUUCGACGCAGACGCCUUCAAUGACAGCACCUUGCAAUGCCUACCACCGCUGGAAUCGCUGCGCCUGGAAAAUCUCCCGGGAGUCACCGAUACCGGCCUGUGCCAGUACGCAUCGCAACCCGAGUCCAGCUCCCUCAAAUCCCUCGCUCUAAUUGAACAAAAUAUCGACUCGCUCCUGGUGAUCUCGAAGAUGCUAGCAUCUUUAAGUCAACUUGAACGCUUUACGUUCGUUCAAAGCACUAAAUGCCCGACGCUGAAUACCGACGGCAUCGUUUUCCAACCACUUUUUGCCUCGUCAAGUCUCAAGUAUCUUCACUGGGAUGUUUCCGGCCCCGACUCCGGCGCUGCCUUAGGCAGACUCGACUACGUUCCGUUUAUCAAACCACCCCGGCAUACGGACUCACCAAACUCACAUCUUGCCCAAAGCAUUCUUGCUAGCGGGUUUCCUCGUCUCGAGGCUCUACGUGCGCCCUCGGACAUAGAACCUCCCGGGGUUCUGCAGGCUGUAUGCCAGCCUAUGCCACGUGGACAGGCGCUGCUCAAACCCGAUCGCUAUAGUCUUCCCCGCAGCUCCCAUGGUUCAGUUACAACCCGACCAAAGGCAUUGCCCGCAGGAAACAACUUGACUUCUGCUCGAAUCCGAGCUCAAACUUUUAUUGACAUGGCUGCGAAGGAUACAGAAACUGGGAUGAGAUUCCUCGUCACCGACCAUUCAGACUCGUAUGUACCGGACAACGCACUCGAAGACGAAUCGUCCGACGAUGAAUCUGAUCUUGGAAUGGACGAGUUUGACAUCGGCGGCGUGGGACGCGAGCGGCAAAACCACGAUCUCGAGACGGAUGAGCACGAGGGGCCGGUCGUUGUGUACGAUUUCCAUAUGCCGGCAUUUAUGGGCAGAAUCGGUUCCAGGACUAGUGCGCAGGACGUCUCAAUCCCGCGGUUUGUUCUUCGACCAGAUAUACCUGGACAGGAUGGAGAUGGGGGCUUGGUUUCGUGGAAAAACGUUCACGCUUCCAACCAAUCCUUGACAUAUGCUGCUGGCGUUGGGGCGGACUGUUUUGGGGUCAGGGGACACACCAAGCCGCUGGCGGAGGAGCCACCAUCCCCGACCUCGACUACUACUUCACGGUUUGGAUGGGGAAGCAUCGGAAGCCGUUCCGCUCUGGGUACAAGUCCGAAUACGCCUAUAACCCCGUCCACGCCAAUGUCGACAGCAGCACUUCCUUGGGAUCGCGAUGCUUGCACUGGGUCAUGGAACUACAGUCAUCGAAGUGGACGAGAAUGGUGGUUCCACAUGGAACGAGACCGCCCGGGAAAUGUCGAGAUUGUCGAUGUCAAGCGACUAUUUUAAUUUUCCUUGUUGUUCCGGGAUUGUUGAUAUCAAAAACAGAACAGCAUAUGAUAGGAGCAUGCACCUACGCAGAAACGGCGUUUACGGACCUUUACGGGCGGACGAUAUUCUUUUUUUUCUUUUUUUUUUUUUUCAUUGCUUCCUCUGUCUCAUCGGUCAAGAUGAGCCUGGUGAUCUUCCAGUGAAUCUGGCACAUCACGGGGAAACCUCGAGUUCUCUUGAUACCACUUAUAAUUUUCGAUUCCCCUGCUCAACUCUUAUGAUCUGGCGCAUCCUCGGUCGGGUUCAUACAUCCUUGGCCGCACAAUCUCUUUGUAUUAUACAUGUUCCUCCUUUCUUUUCCCCAGGUCAUUGAUCAACCCGGGCGGUAAUGUUCAUCAAUCGAUAUUUCCCUGUACAUGGUAGUAGCUUAUGUUCAGAUAUAUUGACUGAAUUAUGUAUAUUAUCAACAAG